AUAAGUAUAUAUAUAUAUACCAUAAAAGUCAACUUACAUAACUAUUCCUAUACAUAUAUAGCGAAUAAUUUCAGACGUGUAUAAUGAUAGUACAGAUAACCAAAUAUUAAGAUUAUUGAACAUUUGUUGUUAUCAGAAGUAGUAACAUUAUCAAGCAAUAUCAAGGAUUAUUGAUUACAUUGAGAGAAAUAUAUAUUUACAAAUUUGAUUGAAAUUACUUAAUAUGAAAUUUAAAGACAAUUCGGAAUUUGCAACUGAAGAAGACUAUGAUUUUAAAGCUUUAAAUUAUACACGAAGUUGGAUAAUUGCAGGUUUUAUAAUUUUGGCAGUGGCCAUUGCUUUGGCUGCUGCUUCCGUCGCUCUACCAACAUUUGUUAUGAUCGCUCCAUCAGUGUUUGAUGCAUCCAAUGCCAAUGUAAACAAAGCCAGAACUAUGGGUUAUACACAAGUGUGCUUUACAUCAGAUAACACAUGCCAGAACCGUGAUCGAAGUUAUGUAGAUGAAUAUUCAACAUUAAUGACAAAUCUACGUCUUGCUGAACUGGCUAUGCAUUCAAUAGCAAUAAUUAUCAUGUGUAUUUGUUUUAUUGCUGCUCUUGCAUUGAUCAUUGUUUGGUAUAAAACGAAUAAAGAUAAUAAAUGUUUCAGAAAUUGGCGAUUAAUUAUAGGGAUAUUUCUUAUGUUAGCUGGAUUUUGUCUUCAAAGUUCAAUAAUAAUGUUUCAUGUUGAACAAUUUGAAGAUAAAUACGGUAAAUCAUCUGGAUACCCAUAUGGAUUUAAUCAAUGGUCUGACAAACAACGUACAACAACAUCUAUUGAUUAUGGUUCUGGAUACAUUUUAUUAUGGCUUGCUGCCAUUUUCUGUUUUAUAUCAGCUUGGAUAUUUCUUGGCACAUAUUGUUGUUGGACAUUAGAUGAUAUCGACACAGAUGAUGAUAACCCAACUUUACCAAGAUUUUCAACUGAUUCCAGCAAUAUGAGCAAACGUGGAACUGAACCAUCAGUUAUCAAUCAAGAAGACUGAUUGAUACUUGACCAGAGGUGAAGACGGAAAAGUAGUUAAAAAUGAUGUCCUACCAAUUGUAUACGUACUAACAAUUAUAAUAAUCAUUUGUUAAAAUAAUAUGUAACUAUUUGAUGUGAUAUAAUUAACCAUAAAGUUUUUUUUCAGUUUAUAAAUAUAUCAAUAAUAAUGCAACCUAUAUCAGUUAAUAAUGCCCUGUUAUAGCUUUUUUCACUAUUCUGAUUAAGAAUAAGCCUUUAGAUAAAAUUAAGUACAAAUAAAUCUAUUUCAGACAUGUGUUUAUUUAUGUAUCUACAUUAACAAUGACAAUAAGAGGUAGCUUUUUAAAUAAAUACUUGUUUCAAACGA